CAUACUUACAUCCUUAACCUAACUUUGUGGUAGUUAUAUUUACCCAUGUAUUUACAUUUACUUAUACGUGCAUAUAUGUGUGUAUUUUAUUCGUGUUUAUGGGUAUGAACGUAUGAAGUUCACGUGGGUUUCGGUACCAAACAUUUUACAAUGGCAGAAACUGUUUUAAGUAUUGGUGAAAAAACUUUCAUUCUACAUGGAGUAGAUGCAGACUUUAGAAACGAUGGUAGACGACAGUGCGAGUAUCGAACAAUGGAAAUUGAAACUAAAUUGAUGCCACAAACUCAUGGAUCAGCCAGAUUACGUAUAGGCAACACAGAUAUACUUGUUGGUGUUAAAGUAGAACUUGAUGCACCUCAUGCUGAUAGCCCAGAUGAAGGAAAAUUGGAGUUUUUUGUUGACUGCUCUGCUACCGCAACUCCAGCAUUUGAGGGGAAAGGUGGCGAUGAUUUAGCAACUGAAAUAAGCAAUACCCUAACAGUUGCUUAUCAAACACACGAUGCUAUUGAUUUGAGAACAUUAUGUAUAUUGCCCCACAAAAAAUGUUGGAAAAUAUUUGUUGAUGUAUUGAUUCUUCAAUGUGGAGGCAAUCUUUUUGAUGCAGUAGGAGCUGCAGUUAAGGCUGCAUUAUACAGUACAGAAAUACCAAGAAUUACAGCUGCAACACUUGACGGUGGAGAACCAGAUAUUCAGUUAUCAGAUAAUUCUUAUGAUUGUAUUCAACUGGACACAAGUAAUUACCCAGUCAUUGUAACUCUCUGUAAAAUUGGUGAUAAUUGUAUUACAGAUCCAAACUCUGAAGAAGAAGUAUGCAGUGCAAGUAGUAUAGUUAUGUCUGUAUUACCAAGUGGUAAAAUCUCAUCAAUAAUUAAAUUAGGUCAUGGAAGCAUUACACCUACUACUUUUAAUAAAAUGUUGCAGAUGGGUCAAAAUAUAGGAAUACGAUUGAAUGAAAGUCUUAUGAAAACACUGAUGAAGGAGAACAAACUUGGACAGAAGAAGCAAAUCUUUGGAUUCCUCAAAUGAACACGUACAAUAUGAACAUUUAAUAAGACUAAAUAAAAUUAAAUUUUGUAAAUAAAUAUAUUAAAUUUUAUAAUGAAAA